AAUUUGGAAGUUUGCUGAGCCUGAGAAGUCUUGGGGAGGGCUGACGCUGAGCACACCCCUUUCCCCCAUGAGGAGGAGGGCGAGGAAAACAUGGGACCAGCCCUGUUCCAGCCUGUCCUUAUUGGCUGGCAUGGGACAGAGGGGGCUUUAAAAAAGGCGACGUACCUAGGCUGGGGACUGGAGUCUGUGCGUCCGAGUGCCCUCCUCCAUCUGGCACCAUGCCGAUCUCACUCGCCCCGUGCCUCAUCUGUCUGCUUGUACGGGCAGCCGUCUGUGCUGUUGAGGGCCAGGGGUGGCAAGCCUUCAAGAACGAUGCCACGGAAAUCAUCCCUGGGCUGGGAGAGUUCCCCGAGCCUCCUCAGGAACUGGAGAACGACCAAACCAUGAACCGGGCGGAGAACGGAGGCAGACCUCCCCACCAUCCCUAUGACACCAAAGACGUGUCCGAGUACAGCUGCCGCGAGCUGCACUACACCCGCUUCGUGACGGACGGCCCGUGCCGCAGCGCCAAGCCGGUCACCGAGUUGGUGUGCUCCGGUCAGUGCGGCCCCGCGCGGCUGCUGCCCAACGCCAUCGGGCGCGUGAAGUGGUGGCGCCCGAACGGACCCGAUUUCCGCUGCAUCCCGGAUCGCUACCGCGCGCAGCGGGUGCAGCUGCUGUGCCCCGGGGGCGCGGCGCCGCGCGCGCGCAAGGUGCGUCUGGUGGCCUCGUGCAAAUGCAAGCGCCUCACCCGAUUCCACAACCAGUCCGAGCUCAAGGACUUCGGACCCGAGACCGCGCGGCCGCAGAAGGGUCGCAAGCCGCGGCCCCGGGCCCGGGGAGCCAAAGCCAACCAGGCGGAGUUGGAGAACGCCUACUAGAGCGCGCCGGCGCCUACGCAGCCCCCGCGCGAUCCGAUUCGUUUUCUGUGUAAAGCCUGCAGCCCGGGUCAGGGGUGCCAAACUUUCCAGACCGUGCGGAGUCCCAAGCCCAUAGAGACCGCUCGCCCU